AUGGAAAAUUUUGGAAGCCACUUUUGCACGCUUUAUACAGUGCCUUACCAGGGGAGGACUCAGAGUCGAAAUCGGCUUUCCAAAUUGGACGAGCAAAAAAUUACACGAAACCUGUUGUAUGGCUCGACGGUGGUAAUCAUGCUAGAAAAUGGCCUGCAUUUCAUGUGGCGGUGUAUUUUAUUAAACAAUUCCAAGGUCCACAUUAGAGAAUUAUCUUGCAGCCAAAGAAAAACAAACACGUCAACAACUACCGCGUAA